GGGUUGAUGUCAGUUUCUUAUUCAUGUAUUCUCGAGUUAUAGCCUUGUUUGCGCUACGUCAAAGCAGUUUAGUCUUCCAUUCGGCAACACUAGACCAAAUAAUAAAAAAAUUGCGUUAUAAAUAGUGCUAGGGUUAAAAGCGUGUCAUUGUCUAGUACGUUUUUCAAUUUUUCCUUUUCUGAUUUGACAUAUCUCACGAUCCAGCUUUUUUUUAAGUCAACUGUUAAGUGUUACGUAUUGAUUGGUGGAGGUUUUCUGAUUCUUGAAGAUGAAGCGUUGCGGUUGCCACGGCGACGAAAUCUGAUAUAGGGCGAGUAUCCAGCUGAUUCCCGACAUUUCCAGACGAGUCUGGAAGGUGGAAGGUCUGUGAUUGCACAAUAAAUACGAACGAUGGAGAGAGAAAGUGAAAGAAAUUUAAAUGAUGGGAUAAAAAAGGAAGAGUCUCGUUUGUUUGGAAUUACGACAUAUCGGAAUUUUAAAUUCAAAGAACUGAUCGAAAAUGGUGCUUAUGAAAAGGUGGUCAGGUAUAUGUAUCGACCCACGGAUCCAUCCAGUCUGGGCGUAAUUAGAUUUUUGUUUGGGCUACUGAUGUUGGUAGACCUCCCUGAAGAACGCGGUGGCUCUGAAAUAGAUAUAAGAUGGGGGGAACCCCGCGACUGCCAUUUCCCCUUAUUUCCAAUAAUGCAGCCUCUAGCUUUUCCACAUAUGGCACUACUGUAUGGAUUAAUGUGGUUUGGAGCUUGUGGAAUCAUGUUAGGAUAUAAAUUUAGAUUAAGCACUCUUUUAUUUGGUAUACCAUACUGGUAUCUUCUACUCCUAGAUAAAUCAUUCUGGAACAAUCACAGUUAUCUUUACGGAAUCGUAACAAUUCUUCUAGCCGGCUCCUCGGCAAACAACUAUUUCUCAGUGGAUAGUCUUCUAGACGAAAAAAAGAAAAAUAGAGAUGUACCGUAUUGGAAUUAUUUUAUUUUGAAAUUUCAAUUUUUUCUGUUGUACUUUUUAGCGGGUUUGAAAAAGACUGACACGGAAUGGAUAGAAGGCUAUUCCAUGACGGAUCUAGGAAGUCACUGGGUGUUUGCUCCGUUCAAAAUAAUUCUAACAAGCGACCAAAUAGAUUAUCUAGUAGUUCAUUGGUUUGGGUUCAUUCUAGAUCUGACUGUCGGAUUUUGGAUGUUGAUUGAAAUCACAAGACCUAUAGCGAUGAUAUUUUGUGCAUGUUUUCAUUUAAUGAAUUCGAGACUUUUUAGUAUAGGAAUGUUUCCUUACGUGUGUCUCGCUACGAUGCCUUUAUUUUGCGCCGAAAACUGGCCGAGAAAAUUACUCAACAUUUUCCACAACAAUGGCACCUAUAACCCAAAACCAAAUCCCACUUGCAUCUACAAACUAGACGAAAUCAACCAAUAUAAAGAUUUACAGCUUCCUAGAGACGUCACCUGGAAACAUAAAUUAGUUGUCGCUCUUCUUCUAACCCACUGUGGGUUUCAAGUUUUCCUCCCCUACUCUCACUUCAUUACAAAAGGCUACAAUAAUUGGACAAACGGCCUCUACGGGUAUUCCUGGGACAUGAUGGUUCACUCCUGGAACACAGCACUCGUCGUGAUUAAAGUUGUCGACAAUAAUUCAGGAGAAGAGUUUUUUCUGGAUCCAGAAGCGUGGACGCAGAAUGAUAGAUGGACCAAACAUGCGGACAUGUGUUUACAGUAUGCUCACUGUUUGAAAAAUAACCUACUUCUAGAUUUAGAACACGAGAAAUCUCGGACUAGCUCCGAAGAUUCUAAAGAAGUUGGUCUUAGGCACAUUACUUCUGAGAAUAUAUCGAUUUAUGUGGACGUUUGGUGUUCCUUGAAUGGUAGAUUCCAGCAAAGAAUGUACGAUCCUAAUUACGAUCUCUUGAAGGCUAAUUGGUCACCGUUUCGACCGGUAGAGUGGUUGAAACCAGUUCUUACCGAAUAUAACGACCUCAGAAGCCAAAUGAAUCAUAUAACACAAGAAGUGUACUCGUGGUCUAACUACACAGAUGUCUUAUUUAUUGCAGAUUUUCCAGGUCUCUAUUUGGAAAAUUUUAUAACUGAAGAUUUAAGAAACGUAACUUUGAUGGUGCUAGAGGGCGAAGUUUUUUACGAAGUGGAAGACGAACAUUCGGCUCAGUCCUUUGGAACUAAACUUAGUCAGAAUCAGAGUGUUCCUGUGGAGGUGGGAAUGUUCCAUAAAAUACACACUAUUAGUGCAACACCAUCGUGUUAUAUGUACAUCUAUGUGAACAAGUCUCGAGAACAUCUAGGGGAUGUUCCCGGUCCUGCUGACAGCGACAGAGAUGUGAUGUAUUCUCCUUUUCCACUCAUUGAAGAUGUCCAGUUUAGAAUCGAUUCAUUUCUAUUGAUGAUUAACCACAUUUCUAAUUCGUUUUUGCACGUUCUGUACAACCAGCCCUUAAUAAGAAGAACUAGACUGCCGCUUUCUCAAUAAAAAUGUCUUGUGGAGUAAAUUUGAGUUGAUCAAGUUGUUCCUUUAGUUUGGUCUAAGGCGUAAUGUGAAACUGUAUUCUAUUUACACUGAUAAAUCAUACAGUUGUGAAAUAAAAAAUCUAUUUAUUGUACUUUUCUUACACAUAGUUUUGUGGUUAGGUUUUUACGGCGUGACUAUUUAAAACGUCCACACGCAGAAGAAGCAAAAAUUUUCGUCACAGCUGAGUCGAUGAAUAUAAUUGUGUAGUUUUUGUACACAGAAGAUUGUAACUUCUAUUAUAGUAAUUAAGCUGACACCUAGGAUCAAACUAAAGGCUCCAGCAGUUCUGCCUACAAGAAAAAUAUAUAUUUGUAAUUUCAUAUUGUUUAAGUCUGUAGUGUUUACUCAGUAUUUCGAACCAGUGGUAGUACACGUCUAAUUUAUAAUAGAAUGAAUCAUGGUCGUUGUAAUAAAUGCGAAGGACGCUGUUGUUACCAAAUGCACUGCAAAAUACAUUAUACAAUCAAAAACUACUAGAUUUAUGUUUACACAUUGUCUGUAAGAACCUCGAAAAUACAUACAUAGGUACAAAGGAA